GAUGAUAUUGUGGUCCAAUCAGCUAUCGCGGAAAGAGACACGUUUGAAAACUAUCACGUGACUGACAUGGCAGCCUCCUGUGGCUAAACAACCCAGCUUCGCGUUUCUGCCUUUUUUCCCCCAACAAAACCUGACCAUGAUUGUUGAUUCAAACAGAUUCGAGCCAGGAGACUUUCUCCGUGUGAGAGGACCUCUGGAGCUCAAAUGUCUCCUGGACAGCACAGAUGUGACGAUCAUGCGCAAAGCCAUCUCAAGAACAUUUGAGAACCUACGUUCUCACGUGAACUCUGAAUCCUGUGUCCUGAGAGUCCGGGACAGCCCAGUUGUGAUUUGGCCCAACAAACGUGUUCACGUGACGCCGAAAGAAAUAACUCCAAGCACACCGUGUGAAGAGCUACAUAAGUGGAUAGAGACAGAGGAACGAGAAAUAGCUGGCAAAAGGUCUGCGAAGAAGGGCAAAAAGAGCUCUGCAACGCGGGUGAUCAGCCUUAACCUAAUGACGGAGGUGACAAAGCUCGGUCCCCUCCCUGCACCCAUCCUCUGCAGAACCAUCCGGAAGUCCUACUUCCUGUCUACAGUCCUUCCCAUGGACUGUGUUGUCUGCAUCUCCUGCACUGACACCAUCAAAGGUGCCUGUGAGCGCCUGUUGGAGGCGCUAACACAUCAGCUGCAUGAUAUGGAGCGAGAGAUGUUGCGCCACGCGAAGGGAUCGACGCUGUCGGUCCCAGAGCCUUUCCACUUCCUGCUUCCGGAGUCCAAAGGACUGGUGACGGCCGUCUAUCCUGCUGGGGUGCCCGACUGCCGGCUAGAGGCCCAGCGUAAGGAGCUGCACGAGCGCUUUGAGUUACCGGAAGACCGACCCUAUUUUAGAAGAGCCAACGCUUAUCACUUCCCCAAUGAACCCUACAAAGACGGUUACCUCCGAAACCCUCACCUGGCUCUCACGCAUCCUACCUUGGACGACGGAAGGGUGUACUUGGUGCAGGGGCUGUACAGUUACCACCACUACAUGCAGGACCGCUUGGACGACAACGGCUGGGGCUGCGCUUAUCGCUCCCUGCAGACCAUCUGCUCCUGGUUCCAGCGGCAAGGCUACGUGGAGCGGGCCGUGCCCACUCACAAAGAGAUCCAGCAGGCUUUAGUGGAUGUUGGAGACAAACCAGGAUCCUUUGUGGGAUCUCGUCAGUGGAUUGGAUCCUUCGAAGUUCACGCUGUCCUCAACCAACUCCUCGGGGUCACAUCCAAGAUCUUGUUUGUUAGUCAGGGUUCUGAGAUGGCCUCCAAAGGCAGAGAAUUGGCCAACCACUUCCUGUCUGAGGGGACUCCUGUGAUGAUUGGUGGUGGGGUCUUAGCCCACACCAUCCUGGGCGUUGCGUGGAGCGAGACCACCGGGCAGAUUCGCUUCCUCAUCCUGGACCCUCAUUACACAGGCGCAGAGGACUUGCAGGUCAUCACAGACAAGGGCUGGUGUGGCUGGAAAGGAUCAGAGUUUUGGGAUCAAACCGCAUAUUAUAAUAUGUGUCUCCCCCAGAGACCAAAAGCAAUCUGAUGCACAGCAAUGACGAUGUAAAAUUCCAAAUCACCAAAAUCAUGUCAUGCUAAACCUACUAGCCACUUCAUUGGGUACCUUAGAUGCACAGUCUUAUAAGAUCCAAUACAAGAGCUUGACUUUUACAAAGAUAAUAAUGCUUAUUUUCCAGUGUGAGUCAGAGAGGUAUUCAUUCAAUAACAUGGUUAUUAUUGUGAUUUUAGUCUGGAGUGGUAUGUAACUGCGCUGCAUCACACUGAAAGCUGUUUAUAAUACAGUGGACCACUCCCUGCAUAUUCAAGGUUUGGCAUUCGGAAAUUCAUGUAUUCGGGAAUUUUUAUUUUAUUUUCCCCCCCCAACUAACCUCUGGUAUUUGCAAGACAUUAACGCGGCAAAAAACAAAAAGUAUUGGGGUUUUUUUUGUGGCAAAAUACUUUCUACACUAUGUAUGAUACUUACUGUGUUUAAUUGUUUUUUAAUUGAGACAGGAAAUGGUUGGAUGGCAUUAGAUUUGUGAUUGACAGUCAACGGGAGUGGAUCGAUAAGAUGACGGAGCCCAUGUUUGCUGUGGCUGCUUUUGGCUCGCGAUAGUUUCGCCAAAAUUGGACUAAACACGGCUUCAACGCCAGCACAUUUUUCAUCAUCAUAAGAAUUGUUGAUGUGCACGUACAAGUACUGUACACACGUAGUUCUAUGUGCUUUCUUAGCUGUAAUCUGUUUAUUGUAUUUUGAAAUACACAGCAAUGUUUGAAUAUGUUUGAAAUGCUAUUCAAGUGUUUUGGGAUCAUAGUUUGUGGUAUAUUUAUUGCUUAUACGAUCAAUGCAGGCAGUUAGCGUCACUUUUAGGAGAGCAUCGAUUAUUUGCAGUCGCUUUUUGUUCAGACGCUAUCACUGCAAAUAGCCACUGCGUCCACUGGACUGUUAUUUUCAGUACUUUAGCUACAUCAGGUGGCAAAAAGAUUUGAAACACAUCCAUAGGAAUUACAGCAUAUACAUGCAUAAUGUAAUCUUAUUGGAUCUAAUUAGAUUGCGCUAAUGAUGUGGCUGGUAAGUCUACAUCGCUGACCUGACCAAUUAAAUUGAUCCAUCAAAUUACUGCCAAUAAUCUACCCGAAAUGGAUUACAAAAUCUCAAAAGUAAUUCAACAGCUGCUUUCAUUUGAGCUGCAGGUGGCAGUAAUGUAACUUUUAUGUCCACAUAAAAUUGACUCACAUUAAGAUUCUAUUUUGGAAUGUUCAUGGGCUCAGAUUUCUUUUGCCCAAACAAGUUGAUUAUUACACAAAAUAUCAUCUUGUCCUUACAGAUGAUCCGAAACCUAUGCCAAUUGAAUUUGGGCAAGAGGCGGGGUACAAUUUCUUUGUUUCUGCACCAAAGUACAUUUUCCAGGUAUCUAAGUUUCUUGGAGUUUACGCCUUACUUUGUCAAAAUAGGAUUUUUACUCUUUUCAACCUCUGCAAAUGACGACACGAAAACAAAAAGACGUAAAUAAGAGAGAGGUGAAGUUAACCGUGGAUGAGCUCUUGACUGAUUGAAAUCUUGGGAAUGGAGACUUACAAGGUGGGAAAACAGGGACAGCAACAACAUAGAUGAGAAACAUUGCCCAUGGAGCAUUAAGUAUAUCUCAAGGGCUACUUUUUUUUUUUUUUUUUUUACUUCCGUAUGUAAAGGAGAUUAAUCAGUACUUUUA